GCUCACCCACCCUGCGGUCCGGUGCCUGCGCUGUCCGCUCCCGUCGCCCGCGCAGAACCAGCUCCCUGAGCUGCCCGGGCGGCGGGCGAGGGGCCGGCGGGCUUUGGCGAGCCCGAGGAGGCACAGGGCUGCCCCGGGCCCCGCAGGUCCCGCAGGUCGGUGUGAAGGUCUGUGUGUCUGUCCCAGCACUCUGCAAGACUAGAAAAAUAGGAAGAACCUGUUCAGAAUCCCUGCGGUACAGGAAAAGAAGGGGAAAUCUCAACAUGGAAAAACUCUACAAUGAAAAUGAAGGAAAGCUGGAAAUCGAGGGAAAGCCAGAAGAUGAAGUAGAUACAGAAGAUGAAGGAAAAUCAGAUGAGGAAGAAAAGCUGGAAGUGGAGGGGAAGCCAGGGCAUGAGGGAAAGCUCCAGAAUGAGGGACAGCCAGAUGAUGAGGGACAACCAGAAGAUGAGGGAAAGCAAGAAAAGCAGGGCAAGUCUGAAAAUGAGGGAAAACCACACAGUGAGGGCAAGCCAGAAUCCCUGGCAAAGGCUGAGAGUGAGUCGCGGGCUGCCGAAAAGCGCCCAGCUGAAGAUUAUGUGCCUAGGAAAGCAAAAAGAAAAACAGACAGGGGGACAGACGAUUCCCCCAAGGACUAUCAGGAGGACUUUCAGGAAAGGCACUUGGGCAGUGAGGAGAUGAUGAGAGAAUGUGGAGAUGUGUCAAGGGCUCAGGAAGAGCUAAGGAAAAAACAGAAAAUGGGUGGUUUUCAUUGGAUGCAAAGAGAUGUACAGGAUCCCUUUGCCCAAGGGGGCAACGGGGUGUCAGGGGAAUGAGGGGCGGAGGUAGGGGCCAAAGGGGCUUACAUGAUAUCCCAUAUCUUUAAUGUCUUUGGCGUUCAUUUCUGAUUUCUCUAAUGAGAAUAUUGCUGAUCCUGCUUUUCCUGGAAGGCAUUUGCUAGGCUAUGUGCUUUAAACUUAGGCUGAUACUUUGCUUUAGGUGUCACUCUUGUUACCAGCAGCCUUUUGAUCCAACUACAGUGUUCUCUGUCUUUCAUUAGGGGAUUUUCACCCAUGUGCAUGGAAAAGAUGUUCAUGGUACACUGUUAAAAUAACAAUAAAGAAAAAACAGUUUUCAGAACCACA